AUGUGGCCAGCUCUGGCUCCUGACUCGAGCGUCCUCCAGUGUGGGGUGGGCACCACGCUCACCAUCCCCCCACCUCCGUCCCCGCCGUACCUCUGUGCAGUGGGCGGGCCUGGAGGCUUGGGCGCCUGGGUGGGGCUGGCCCUGGGGGGUGUCCAGCGCUUCCCAAUCUACUGUUUAGGUUCAGGAAGUGACUCCGAGCAGAGUCUGGUCAUCCCGGGGGUCACGGAGCACAGCCUGGGCAGCACCGUUGCGUGUGAACCCCCCAGAGGGGAUGUGAGUGGUGCCCGCUGGAGUUGGGAGCUGUGGUGA